GGAGGCGGCAGCGGGCGUUCGAGACCCGCUGCGGGGAGGGGAGGAGGCGAGCUGGGGGCGGGGCUGCAGCCGCUGAAACUUGCGGGGGAGCCUGGCUGCGAAGGCGCCGUUAUCCUCUGGGUCUGCGGAGGGUGCAGUGCUGUCCUGAGACAAGAUGGGAAAGGGCUGCAAAGUCGUGGUGUGCGGCUUGCUAUCUGUGGGGAAAACAGCAAUUUUGGAGCAGCUCCUUUAUGGGAAUCAUACUAUUGGAAUGGAAGAUUGUGAAACCAUGGAAGAUGUGUACAUGGCUUCAGUGGAAACGGAUCGGGGAGUAAAGGAACAGUUACACCUUUAUGACACCAGAGGCCUGCAGGAGGGCGUGGACCUACCGAAGCACUAUUUCUCCUUUGCCGAUGGCUUUGUUCUGGUGUACAGCGUGAACAAUCUUGAAUCCUUUCAAAGAGUGGAGCUACUGAAGAAAGAAAUCGAUAAGUUCAAAGACAAAAAAGAGGUAGCAAUUGUCGUAUUAGGAAACAAACUCGACCUUUCUGAGCAGAGACAAGUGGAUGCUGAAGUGGCACAGCAAUGGGCAAAAAGCGAGAAGGUGCGGCUGUGGGAGGUAACAGUUACAGAUAGGAAAACUCUGAUCGAACCGUUCACUCUCUUAGCCAGCAAACUCUCCCAGCCCCAGAGCAAGUCCAGCUUUCCUCUGCCUGGGAGGAAAAACAAAGGGAAUUCUAGUUCUGAGAACUAAAAAUCAGUUCCACAAUUGUUGGUUGAAUAGCAAUUGCUCUUAUGUAUCUGUGAACAUAUUUAAAAUAGGCCAUUUGUAGCUACUUUUGGUCUGGUAGAAAUCCCUAAGGAAGCAAUGUAAUGCUUGUAAGGCUAUGAUUAAAUUAUGUGGGAUAAGCUUAUUAUUAUUGCCUGAUAUAAAAUAAUAUAUUUGCAUUCUGGUUGCUUGAAA